UAGCAGAAUCUGAAAAUUUCGUCAGAUCGAAGCGAUAUUCUCUUUCCGACGUUGUUAUUCUCAAUUUUACUGCGAACCAAUUUGGAUACACUGUUUACGUACGCCAAGUGCAUUGUUGAUACACUUAGUGAUUAUUCAUUUCUCCGAUUAUUGAUUACCAAAUCCUAUCGAUCAUCAUGAAAGCUACGUGUGAUAUCGUAAUGUCGCCGAAACAUGAAAUAUUGAAGGGUAGAGCUGGCCGUGUCGAUCGUGACGUGACACAGGAGGAAAUGCAGACCUUGCUGAGCAAACUGAAAAAUUUAGUGCCCAAUGUGCCAAGGAAUAAGAAACUGUCCAAAUUGGAGAUAAUUCAGUAUGUCAUUGAUUACAUCUUGGACUUGCAAAUUGCUUUGGAAACUCAUCCUGCUUCCAGUAGCAAACCUGCAGCUGCCGUAUUGGGAAUGAGUAGUCCUAACAGACAACCCCUUGGAGUUCUCUCACCAGCAAUUAACACAUGUGCAGCACAAGAAGUAAAUCAAACAGAUAAAAUUCCUACUAUCAUUGCUGAGGUGAUAGCUAAAAGACCAGUGUCCUGUUAGCUGCAUUUAUGAUACAGAACUGUAUAUACAUAUUGUUAUAAGACUCGAUGGAGAGAAACCUUUUGUGAAUACCUGUGAAUGCCCUAUCUCCAUUGCCUCAACUAGUCUACUCCGUCUGUGGAAGAUGUUCAUAGAUAUUGUUAUUUUUCCUUUGUUGCGAUCUCACUUGUGUUUGUACACUUGAGGACCUACUUAAAGGUGAUAGAAAUUUUUAAUUGCAAGGUUUAUGUGAAACAGAUUUUUGUGUGAUAUUACUUUUUUUUUUUUAAAUUUUUUUUUUCUAUUUAAGAAAAUGUAGGAUUGCUAUUAUCUCAAGUCAAUUUUUUAUUCUUAGAUUGCAUUUUGAAUUAUGCAAUUUAAAAAUUAAAUUUAAAGCAAUUUAAUGAAUUAUUUAAUCUCAAUUAUUUUGUUUAAGUCUUUAAUUAGGAUUAAUGCAGAAUUUUUUGUGGACAUGUGUCUCUUUUAAAUAGUAUAUAAUUGUUAUACUAAUAAUGUUAAAUAGUAAUUAACUAUCCAUAAAUGUAACCACUUUAGAUAAUAAUUAAUUUUUUAUUUUCUUACUCCCACAUUUUUUUAAGUGCUAGACAUUUAAUUGUGUUGUGGAUGUGUGGUUCUCUUAAUCGUUAUUUAUCUAAUUUAUUAUUUAUGAGGUAUUUAAAACAAGUUUAAUGAAUAAUACUGUAUUUUUUUUAAUCAUUUUUUUAAUGUUUCGCAGUUUACCUUGUGAUAUUUGUAAAUAAUGUAUAUAUUGAAUUUGUACAAGAAAUUUAGAGAUUUUAUAUUAUGAUUUUGAAAGUCUGAAUUUGAAGAGGUAGUUUCAUUUAAUUUAAAAGCAUUCAAUAUUUUGUAAAAUCAUUUUUAUUUGAACAAAUUUUUCUAAUUUUUUAUGUUUUAAAAGUAUUUCACAUCCUGCAUUCAAUUUUACAAUUUGAUGAACAAAUUGUACAUAGCUUGUUUCUUGUAAUCCAAUUGCAUCUGUACAACAAUGGUUGUUUAAUGUUAAAAACUUGAUGUUCCUCAAUAGAUACAGUAUAGUGUGAGCUGGUACUUGUUUGACACUAAAAUAAGUUAUGUACAAAUGAAAUUGUGAUAUUUUUUUGGCCCUUUCAAACAUUGUACAAAUGUAUGGAUUGUAAAAAUAAUUAUGAAAAUUAAAAAAUUAUUAUUUAGAAUGAUGAAA